AUGGAGGAGUCAACAGUUGGGUUAUCAUUAACAGGUGGCGUCCUCUUCACCAACAACGUAAUCUCUUGGCACGUACCUCGCCGUAUGACACCACUGGUAGAUGGCAGCUUUGAAAUCCGAGAAAUGCACAUGGGCAUUAACGGAAGGAGGCUUGAUGGAUCUCAGAUGGCUGCACGAGGGUACACGCUGUCCGCCACAGAUUUCCACAUCAUCAUUGAGAUCCCAGUGGGCUCGCCUGAUGGUCACUACAAGAGCCAUGCCCCAGAUUACCAGUACCACAUCACCUACAUUGUGGAGCCCAUGCUCGAGGUACUGUGGAGGACCACGGUCAGCCGAGAUGAUACCAGAUACAAGGUUUUGUUCCCCAUUACCACCCCUCUUAUUCUUCACGCUCCCCACGUCCAAGAAAAUACUGUCCCAGAGGCCCGAGUGUUCAGCGUUGUCUUGGGGCCCCUUCUUCAUGAUGUGGUGCUGAGGAACAUCACCUUCUUCACCAGUGUGCUCACUGUUGAAGAGAGCAAUGCCAGAGGUCUUACCGUCCAGGAGCAUCGCCACGCCAAUGGAACCAAGAGCAUCUCUGUUUUAGUGCCCUUUGAUGCAGACAUUGUCCUGAAAGAUAAUCCUGAACCCUUGGUUACAACCUACUUCCUCUCUCUGAUCUUUGGGUUUAUCAUCCUUCCUGAAGAAACUCCAUUUGCCCACCCAGUCGAGUUGCAGGUGUCUCUGCAAGAUGUUGAGCUACCAACCAUCACUGGCACCUGUGACCAGAACCAGUUUUACAUCAGUGUGAAAUAUGGGAGUCAAGGCAACAAUUUCAAGGCAAUGGUUGGACAACAACAGCUGACACCUGAGAUGGCUCACUACCAGUUCCAAGAAAACGGCACCCACUUCAGCGUCAGUCUUCCAUACAAUGCCAAGGAUGCAACCUUCGAGCUGAUAACCUCAGAUUCACUAAGAGCCCACGUUGACUUCUUUCUGCUUCAUGCCCGUAACGACUGGGUGCUCGCUGAUCUCUUCUUGUCCUGCAACUUUCCCUUAACAACAACCGAGUGCUACCCCAAUGGAACGAUGACAGCUACGGCUGUGAAGGUGGCUUCUGUGACCAAUAUGGUCCCAAGUAGGCUGACCCUAAUGGACCAGUCUUGCAAACCGGCAUUCAGUGGUGAUCGCUUUGCAUAUUUCUCUUUCACUGUUGCGUCCUGUGGAACCACAAGAACAUUCUUUGACCACUACAUGCUGUAUGAAAAUGAGAUUGCCUUGCCUUACAACAAAGGAGCAUCACCAGUUGGUCCUCAGUACAGACAAACCAUUUCCUGCUACUAUGUGGUCAACGAGACUCAGACUGUUGGCUUCAGCUCAAAACCAAGACUCUAUGAACCCACCGCGGAUAUCGGCUCAGGACAGCUGAUGGUUCAAAUGAGGCUAGCCCAGGAUUCAUCGUACACGCUCUUCUACCAAGCAGAAGAUUAUCCAGUUGUAAAAUAUCUGAGGCAGCCUCUCUAUUUUGAGGUGGAGCUGGUUGAGGCUACUGACCCAAAUUUGGAGCUCAUCUUGGAGAACUGUUGGGCUACACUUGAUGAAGACCGGACAUCUCUGCCUAGCUGGGAUAUCAUUGUAGACAGCUGUGCGAAUCCUGAUGACAGCUAUGUGACAAUUUUCCAUCCUGUUGUGAGAGAUGCCAGGGUUUUAGUCCCAUCCCACAUCAAACGCUUCUCUAUGAAGAUGUUCACCUUCACUAAAGAUGAGGCGGUUCUGAAGAACGAGAUCUUUGUCCACUGCGAUGCAGAGAUUUGUGACUCGCAUAGGCAAGCAGAUGGUUCAUGCCGAGGCCAGUGUGCUGAACCUGCACACCAGAUGAACUACAGACGAGAGAGAAAACGGGUACGGGACAUAUGGGAAAUAUUUGUCAACAUAUUACAUGCAGUUGGUGAUUGACUUUGUCUUUUUAUUUUUCUUCUAGUACAAAGAGGAACGGACUCCAUCAACCAAAGGCAAAUCUCCUCUGGGCCUAUUGUGUUAACCUCUGCUCAAACUCCUGAAUAA